AGUAAAAACAAAUACACAAUUACAUUGGCUCUCAGGACUAGGACACUCCCAUACACAAAAAAAGUCAUGAAAUAAAGUCAAAUAACCGAAAUACCACUGUAAUUUCUUCAAAGAAACAUUGGUCCAUCGCCACCAAUUUGGCUUGUUUUGGUGGUAGUCUAAUGUAGUGUGCUAACUCAUAUUAUGUGACGGUCUCAGGCACCAUUUCUGGCCUUGAUCCUGUCUGUUCCAGAGACGAUUAUCCUGUCGUAGAGACCUGGGAGACAAGAUCGGAGGCACUAGUUUAUUUUAUCGAAGAUGGUUGGUCUCGUAGUCUCACCAGAGGUUGCCUUAGCAGAUGAGCCAGUAAAAAUCCAUGCUUGGGGUUUACCUCCUCACCAGCUAAUUACAUUGAUAGCCUGGCUGAAAGAUGAAAAAGGGCAGAUUUUCCAAUCUCGAGCUUUUUACCAAACUGAUAGCAAGGGGAACGUGGAUCUGGAUCACGCUGCGGCCACUGGUGGAGAUUUUAAAGGAGUUCAUCCCAUGGGACUCUUCUGGUCACUAAAACCAAGCACCCCCUUUCUAAGGCUGAUGAAACGAGAUGUGAUGAGCAGUCCGUUUUAUGUUCACCUGGAGCUUUAUCUAAACGUGGUUGUUAACCCCUUUGCAGAGCUUCCUGUGGCCACUAAAGUCGUGGAAAGAUGGUACGUGGCUCCUGGUGUUCAGAGAAUACAAAUACAACAAGGAAGGGUGCGGGGUGCUCUCUUCCUCCCUCCAGGUGAUGGUCCUUUUCCAGGGGUUAUUGAUAUGUUUGGGGGCGUUGGUGGACUGGUGGAGUUUCGAAGUAGUCUCUUAGCUAGUCGUGGCUUUGCUUCUCUCGCUCUGGCUUAUUUUGCCUACGAUGAUCUACCAAGCUACCUAGGGAUCGUGGAUCUAGAAUACUUUGAAGAAGCUGCUAAUGUUCUACUGAGAAACCCACAAGUUUUGGGAGAUGAAGUUGGAGUGGUAGCUGUGUGCAAAGGGGCAGAGAUCGCACUUGCUAUGGCUUCUUAUCUGCCGCAGGUUAAGGCCACAGUCUGUAUCAAUGGAACCAAUGCUGUGAAUGGCAAUUCUCUGAGCUACAGAGAUUUACAAAUAGAUGGGAUUCCAUAUCAAGUAGACAGACUUCUAGUGACAGAUUUUGGAUCUCUUGAGUUGACUUAUACACUGGGAGAUACCAAGAAACCAGAAUAUGAAGACUGCAUACUUCCCUUGGAAAAGGCCAGGGGACCCAUCCUCUUCUUGGUAGGAGAAAAGGACCGAAAUUAUGAUAGCUUGACGUUUUCUAAAGAAGCCAAAGCCAGGGCUGAGAAGUUUGGCAAGAAGGAUGUGCAUGUCCACUCUUUCCCAGGAGCUGGUCAUCUGCUGGAACCACCUGGAGCACCUUUCUGUCCAGUGUCACAAUCUACUUUCUUUCCUCUUCCCCUAACAUGGGGUGGAGAUCUCAUAGCACAUUGUAAAGCACAGGAAACGUGCUGGAGAGAGACACAGGACUUCCUCCGUAUCAAUAUAGCAGGCUGUCCUAGGCAGAGUAAGCUGUGAAAGUACGACAAUAGUUUGUGGUUGUUAAUCAGCAUUCACUGUUUAGUACCUAAACCCUUUAAUUUUAAUUAUUUUAGAUUUUCGAGCUUUGGACAAAACAAAGGCAUAUAGACGUUUUAAGUAAAAAUA